AUCGGGGGCGUGGCCGUCCCCAAAAUUGGAAAGGAAGGGAGGAAAAAAAAAAAGCAAGAAAAAGUUUCUUUCCUGGAGUUCCAAAGGAGGUGUGGGACCGAGGAGCAGGUCAAGGCCGGAGAUCCGGGGCUCUGAGGGGUCCCCUGUUCCAGGCCAUGUCGGGGCCCACCUGGCUUCCCCCGAAGCAGCUCGAGCCCUCCAGAGCCCCUCAGGGGAGAGCGUUUCCCCGAGGUCCCCCGGGGCCGCCAGCGGCCCAUGGAGCAGCACUCCAGCCCCACCCCAGAGUCAAUUUUUGCCCCCUCCCAUCUGAGCAGUGUUACCAGGCCUCAGGGGGACCGGAGGACCGGGGGCCAGCCUGGGGUGGGUCUCAGGGAGCACCCCAGCGCCCUCAGGGACUCCCCCCAGAUAGAGGGGGCUUGUGCCCAGGAGGUCUGGAUGCAGAAAUAGAUUCACUGACCAGCAUGCUGGCCGAGAUGGAUGGGGGUCGCAGUCACGUGCAACGCCGACCAGACCGACAGGCAUAUGAGCCCCUCCAGCCCCCUGCCUACCGCACGGGCUCCCUGAAGCCGAACGGAGGGGGUGCACCACCGCUGCAGCUGCCAGCAGCCCCCUAUGGGGGCCCCACCCCGGCCUCCUAUGCUACCGCCAGCACCCCCGCUGGCCCUGCCUUCCCUGUGCAGGUGAAGGUCGCACAGCCAGUGAGAGGCUGCGGCCCGCCCAGGCGAGGGGCCUCACAGGCUUCCAGGCCCCUCCUGGGCCCCCACUUGCCUCUCCCCGGCCGAGGUGAAGUCUGGGGGGCUGGCUAUAGGAGCCACCGGGAGCCAGGGCCGGAGGGUAAAGAGGAGGCUGCCGGAGUCCCUGGCCCUGCAGGAGGAGGAAGAGGAGGCAAGUACGGACCCCAGGUCCCCCUGAGCCAACCUCCCGAGGAGGAACUUGAGAGGCUGACCAAGAAGCUGGUCCAUGACAUGAACCACCCCCCCAGCGGGGAGUACUUUGGCAGGUGUGGGGGCUGCGGAGAAGACGUGGUCGGGGACGGGGCCGGGGUGGUGGCCUUGGACCGAGUCUUCCACGUUGGCUGCUUCGUCUGUUCUACAUGCCGGGCGCAGCUUCGAGGCCAGCAUUUCUAUGCUGUGGAGAGGAGGGCGUACUGUGAGAGCUGCUAUGUGGCCACCCUGGAGAAAUGUUCCAUGUGCUCCCAGCCCAUCCUGGACCGGAUCCUACGGGCUAUGGGGAAGGCCUACCACCCUGGCUGUUUCACCUGCGUGGUGUGCCACCGUGGCCUGGAUGGUAUCCCCUUCACAGUGGAUGCCACCAGCCAGAUUCACUGCAUUGAGGACUUCCACAGGAAGUUUGCUCCACGAUGCUCGGUGUGUGGCGGGGCCAUCAUGCCUGAGCCAGGUCAGGAGGAGACGGUGCGAAUUGUUGCCCUGGAUCGAAGUUUUCAUAUUGGCUGUUACAAGUGUGAGGAGUGUGGGCUGCUGCUCUCCUCUGAGGGUGAGUGUCAAGGCUGCUACCCCCUGGAUGGGCACAUCUUGUGCAAGUCCUGCAGCGCCUGGCGCAUCCAGGAGCUCUCAGCCACCGUCACCACUGACUGCUGAGUCUUCCCAGAAGCACCUGCUGCGUUCUCUGCUCCCACCUACCACCCUCCCUGACACCUCCCUGUACAACUUUGUCAUCAAAUGCUGUCUCUUUUUUUUUCUAAUUAUGAAAUAAUAAUCUCCCAAGAGUUUACAAAAC